AAUAUGCUUUUGGAAAGUCUUCGUUCAAAGUUUGGCAGUUGGCAUCGUAACGAACGUAACUCACUCGCCAUAAGGGAGAAAGAAGACUUCAGUUUUUCGAGCACUUCAACAAAAUCCCCUGGUGUUGCCAGUACAUUAUCUGACGUUGAGGUUCAGUUGGUUGGCAUUAAAACUCUCAAUGAAUUUAGUAAUCUACCGAUAUGGAGAGUCGACGGAAUGAGUGAUUCUAUGACGUCAUCAUCGGAAGAAGGAAAUGCCGCUGAACUCGACAAAAAGAAAUUUGGUUCGUUGCGUGAAGAACUCAAACGUCAGGAAACCUUUGUUGUCGACAGAACUGGCAAAGGGAAUUUCGAUGUUAAUUACGUGUAUUUCGAAGGGGCAUUAAGUGCUGCCAGCACAGGAGAUGCUUUUUACUUAGAAAGAUGCAUUGACGUCUUAGGAGUUCCCGCUGAUGAGUCAACACCGGACGGAGUAACGAUGCUACACUGCGCCCUAGUCAACGAUCACGAAAACUGUGUGAAAGUUCUGCUUAGGUUAGGGGCCAAUCCUCAUCGAAUGACUUCGAAGGGACGAUCUGCUUUACAUACAGCUGCGCGUUAUCAUAGUUUGCGCAGUAUUAAACUGCUCGUGUCAUAUCUGUUUGCUGAGGAAAAAAAAUUCUCUUCCACAGUCAACCGUUAUCCUUGUUCUUUUUUCUUUGCACGCGAUGGCUGUGGUGACACACCGAUCCAUUUGGCUUGCAGAGUAGACGAUGAUAGAUGUAUAAAGAUGAUGCUCAAAACUCUUUCAUCAAAAGCGGGGUGGGUUGCAGUUGAAGAAGCUUUGUUGACUUGUAAUAUCUUCCGUCAAAAUCCUUUACAUGUGGCUUGUUUGUGGAGGAGUUACCGUAUAGUGCGUUUUUUUGUAACAAGCGAUUUCGAGAACACGUUUAGCAGAACUAGGCUGUCUGCAAGAGUCAGAAAGUCGGCUAAAUCUCUCCGUCGGACUUUAAUAAAAACUCUCUUGUGUACGCUGAGGACGACAACGUUUUUGUUGAUUACUUUCGAGUUCCAGGAGGAGGAUAUCAACUGUCGUACAGCGCUACACCACGCUGCCUCUCGUGGAAUAUCACGACAGGUUGCUGUAUUGCUUGCACAUGGUGCAUUGCCGUCUCAUAAAGACAGUCAGGGAGCUACACCUUUGCAUUUUGCUGCUAUGAGAUCGUUCACUUCUUGUGUUCGACUGUUGUAUCGUGCUAACAGUCUUGUUGAUGCCCGAACAAACAAUGGGCAUACUGCUUUUAUGUGGGCAGCUAUGUACGGUGUCGAGCCGUCUUUGCGCACUAUGCUUGAGGUUAAUCCUAUGCUUGAUAAAUAUGAGAAGGACAAUAAUGGCGCAACAGCUUUGCAUCUUGCUGGUACUCAUGACCAGUACGAAACAGUGAAAUUUUUGGUCGAUGCUGGCUGGUACAUCGAAGCUCGAAACUUCAAAGGUGAAACCCCACUCCUUGCUGCAGCUGCAAGCGGCCGUAUUCAUUCGAUACGUGCUUUAAUCGAGUGCGGUGCUGAUAUGUAUGCUACCGAUGAAAAAGGAAAUACAGUCUUCCACUUGGCUGCAACUUCUGACAUGCAUCGGGAAGCGCUUCGCGAGUUCCUUAUAGAGCUGCCAGACUGUCAACUGCUGAAUUCUCGUAAUUUGAAAGGCGACACGCCACUUUUUUGUGCUAUAAAGGCUGGUGCAGCACGUUGCGUCCAAGAACUUUUGAAGAACGAUACCGACGUUCGUCUGAAUAAAAGUACUUAA